AAGGCUAAUCCCCUUAUUUUGUGAUUUAAAACCCGAAAGAAAAUGCCUGGAAUACAUGUACGUUCGGUUGGCAAAUUCAAUUGGGAAGACCAGAACAAGGAGCCAAUGUUAACUGUUCCCGGUUCUUAUUGGUUAUGUCACAAAAAUAAUAUUUACAAAUUCACGUUUAAAUUCCACAAAUCGCUAAGGAAUGCGACGAAUUUUGUUUACAGCAAAGAAUUGAUGAAAAUUAUUAGAAGAGUCAUAAAAUGGCAACCUAAACAAGGACAACAUUUCAGUACAAAAAACCUACUGGUCACAUACAAUCAUGCCUCGUGGACUCGUCAAGAUAAGACCUUUGCAGUCAUGAAAUUUUGCGAUAGGCCUGAUGCAACUGCAUUCCCACACGCAUUUAUAUUGACAGUAAAAAUUUUAGAUCAAGAGCAACAGUUUAAAAUCGAAGAGAUGGGGGCAAAAAUAGCGAAACCUGAUCCUGAGAAAUCCUUGUGUCCAAUAGAUGGCAAUCUCACAUCUUCCAAUGGUUUGCCUACUGAAAACAGAAGGGAUCAAGAAUAUAUUAACAAUAUUAUGCUUACAAAUGGACAAAAGGAAAAAGAAAAUAGUGAUAGCGAACACACUCCAUGGUCCCCACGCACGCGGACAGGAUGCAAAGAAUUUUCAGAAUCUCUUACAAUGUCGGUAACGACACCAAGAGCAAACGAAGUGUCACAUGAACCCGAGGAUGAAGAUGAUAAUUCUGAAAAAACGGAAACGAUCGAACAGAGCAUGGAGCAAAUGUGUGAUUCUUCAGUUGCCGUAUCGGAAUCUCCUGAGGAGUCUCCUAAUUUGACAGAUGAACCAAUCACCGAGAAGGCUAACUCUUCUGACGUCGAGGACGAAAGCGACUAUUCUGAUUCUCAGUCCGAAUCGGCUAGUUUACCUUACCAGUAUCUGAUCGAGAAGGACAUCGAGCGUACGCUAGAGAGUUUUCGACUUGCAGAACUUGCAAAUUCCCAGAAUGAAGAUAAAUCUGACUUCACAGAACGGGUUCCUAGCCCAGUAAGUUUGCCCGUUAGUGAUGAUGUGAAAAACCAUUUCGAUAGUCUGUCAAAGGAUCAAAAAAUCAGCAGCAGCAAUACCAAGUUCAGAUCGAGACAGAAUUCCCAGGACAGCGACUCGUUGCCACCACCGGAGGUUGCCAACUUAAAAUCCUCCGAUAUCACGGACCUUGUGAUGAAAGGUCUUAUGUUUACCAUCAGACAGGAUAAAGAUGCGGUAACUGUCGUUGAACAGAAGACUAAACUCGAGCUUGAUGAAGUUUUAGAAAAUUCGGAAAAGGUUGAGACUAAAGCAGGUGACUCGUGUCUGUUAAACUCAAGUUUGCUUAGGCUCGAAAAAAUGGUAACAAGGAUAAGAGAACCAGUUUGUCUUCCAGAAAAUAAUGGCAAUGAGCUCAAUCCUUUAGUUUCUUACAUGGACCAAUGUAAUGUGGAAGUUGAUCCAGAAUUCGUGCAAAGGAUAGAGCAGAACCUGCUUGAUAAAGAAAGCAGUACUCACAGCAUAAGCAACCUUUAUGAUGAUUUCGAUGAAUUACCAAGCUCAAUAGGAAUAGAGCUUAAAAGUUCUAGUGGAGUGCCUACAAGUCGCAAUUGUGAAAGUUCUGAUGGAGAUAUGGAGCUGAAACUCAGUGAAAUCGAAGAGGAAGAAGACAUUGUACCAGAAGCAUUUGCAAAUAAUGUCCUUCUAAAUGAAACAACGCAGUCCAAGGAAUCUCAAGAUCAGCUUGUGCAUCAAAAUGUUGAUGAGAGAUUGUCUGCCAAAGCUUUUGUGGACAUAGAAAUUUUAUCUUCAAAGCGUUUAAAAUGCGCUUCAGUCAUAGAUAGUAUUAAUACUAAUAAGAAUUCAAAUAAGCUUCCUAAGGUAAUAUCAAAUACGGUAGUUACAAAUGAUCAGUUAUCUCCUCUGUUGCAGAAGGUUUUACAAAAUAAAUUAGUGGUUAAUAAAAAUUUGCAAAGUACAGUAGAUAAUGAUAUGCUUCUUAAUGAAGAAGAUGGUGCAGAUAGUGUUAAAAAUGAUAACAAUGAAGUAAAAAAAGCAUCAAAAGAUAAUGAAUUAAAUAGUACAUUUGAAGUCGAUUUUCUUGAUGCAGAUGGAGAAAUGAUAGAAAGCAUUGAAACAAUGGAAACGAGCAAUAUCGACAGUUUUAAUUAUGGUUCGAAUAAUAUGCUCGACAUAUUAGAUAAAACAGAUGAAAUAAUAAAGAUUGCUGGUAAUAUGAUUAAUGAAACAGACAGCACUUUAGGAUUUUCUUCAAGUAUUAACGACAAAUUUACUGAAGGUUCCUAUUCUAACACACUUAGUGAACUAAGAACAACUCGAUCAUCUUCUAAAUUGCAAUUAUUACCUACAUGUAUAGCUGAUGAACUGAUAUCAAAUGACAGUGGAUUGAAACAAGAACGUAAAAUUGAGACAAGAUCUCAAAAGAUGUUAGAAAAAAGUUUGAGUAAUCAGUCAAAUAAAAUUUCAGUGCAGCAAAAACGUAAAAACAGUACAACUGAUAAAUGUAUAUCAAAAGUGCAUAAGUCCAGUGAUAGUAUAAACGGAUUAAAAGAUGUAAACAUUAAUAUGAAUAAGCUACUAAGUGAUUUAAAAUAUGGUGUUAAGAUUACUGUUGAACGACUGGACUUGGAAAAAAAUUCAUAAAUAACAAUUGUAUAAAAAUAUUGGUAAA